ACAGACAAUAAUGAAGUGAUUAAGUGCUAAUAACAGGAGUAUGUAUAAAGAGAUGAGCCAACAUAAAGGAACAAUGCUAAUAGCUUCCUGGUGCAGCAGCCACUGGAGGAGCUGGAGGAAACAUUUCUAAUCUUUCCAAAAAGGGGUAAACCCCAAACAAAGAUUCCUUGCCAGAACCGGCCUGCUAUGAUGGAAGAGUGUGCGUUGGUGCCUUGAAGCUGUGUAAUCUGGAGUCUACACGUGGGGAAAGCUUCCUCUGUUUGUGUCUCUAAUCUCUAGCUCUAAGAUGCAAGUGAAUCUAAGAAGGAAGAGACUUUUAGGGGAUCAGUCCCUCAAAAGGAUGGGGCAACCAUUAUCUUAUUCCAGAGAGUUCCAGCAUCUGCAUCCUAUCCUCCUGUGUCAGAAUCCAGCACAUCAUUUCCCUAGUUAGAGAAACACUUGGGUCUUUGCCCUUUGUCAUAUUGAGCUCUUAAUUGGCUCAACCCAUCACAUUGCUAGAUAUAAAGGCUACAAUCCCUAGACUAAGUAGGUCUCUGGCUGGGGUACGUAGUCUCAGGCAAGACAGGCAGGGUACGAGAAUACAGAGCCCGCUCCCUCACCCAGCUCCCUAUAGACUGGCUUUUUAGGAGGACUAAGAAACUGAUACAUGAUCCCAUUUUACUUUUUCCUUAUCUUCCAUCUCUCAGAUAGGAAACCCUAGAGGAGAAGCUUAAGGGCCAGGGGAAGCCACCAAGGAGGAGACGGCAGAAAGAUGGGGAGUGGAGCCAGUGCUGAGGACAAAGAACUGGCCAAGAGGUCCAAAGAGCUAGAAAAGAAGCUGCAGGAGGAUGCUGACAAGGAAGCCAAGACCAUCAAGCUGCUAUUGCUGGGUGCUGGGGAGUCAGGAAAGAGCACUGUUGUCAAACAGAUGAAGAUCAUUCAUCAGGAUGGCUAUUCACCAGAAGAAUGCCUGGAGUACAAGGCCAUCAUCUAUGGGAAUGUGCUACAGUCCAUCCUGGCUAUCAUCCGGGCCAUGCCCACACUGGGCAUUGACUUUGCUGAAGCAAGCUGUGCAGAUGAUGGGCGACAGCUCAACAACCUGGCUGACUCCAUUGAGGAGGGCAUUAUGCCUCCCGAGCUGGUGGAGGUCAUCAAGAAGUUGUGGAAGGAUAGUGGGGUGCAAGCCUGCUUUGACAGAGCUGCAGAGUACCAGCUCAAUGACUCGGCAUCCUACUACCUGAAUCAAUCAGACCAAAUUACGCCCGACUACCUCCCUAAUGAGCAAGAUGUGCUACGAUCCAGAGUCAAAACCACAGGCAUCAUUGAGACCAAGUUUUCUGUCAAAGACUUGAACUUCAGGAUGUUUGAUGUGGGAGGGCAGAGAUCAGAGAGAAAGAAGUGGAUCCACUGCUUUGAGGGAGUCACCUGCAUCAUUUUCUGUGCAGCCCUCAGUGCCUAUGAUAUGGUGCUGGUGGAAGAUGACGAAGUGAAUCGUAUGCAUGAGUCACUGCACCUGUUCAACAGUAUAUGCAACCACAAGUUCUUUGCAGCUACUUCCAUUGUCCUCUUUCUCAACAAGAAGGACCUCUUUGAGGAAAAAAUCAAGGAAGUCCAUCUCAGCAUUUGUUUUCCAGAGUAUGAUGGGAACAACUCUUACGAGGAUGCAGGGAAUUAUAUCAAGAGUCAAUUCCUUGGGGCUUCCCUGAGUCAAUUCCUUGACCUCAACAUGAGAAAAGAUGUCAAAGAAAUCUACAGUCACAUGACCUGUGCCACAGACACACAGAAUGUCAAAUUUGUAUUUGAUGCAGUUACAGAUAUUAUCAUCAAAGAAAACCUCAAGGACUGUGGACUCUUCUAAUUCUCACCAUUCCUCAAGUAUAUGUUCUAUAAACAGGUUCAGAAUCUGGGUAAUUUCAAGCAGAAAAUUUUAGGUCAAUAUACCAUGACAAGAAUACAUCCAUUCUCCCUUGGAGAUGGAGUAUGUAUGAAUGCAAUUGUGUCCCAUAUGUUCUUUUAAAAGUGGGAUAGCUAGUACAGUUUAAAGAAUGCAGGCCAGGAAUCAGAAGACCCAGGUUCCAGUACUGGUUCUGCCAACUUACUACAAAAAUGUAAAUAUUUCAUUUCUCUGAGGCUUGAGUUCCUCAUCUAUAAAAUGAAGAUAACUUCUCUAUACUACUUUACAGGGUUAUUCUAAUGAUCACAAACAUAACUGAAGGAGGGGAAGGCACAUAAAAGCUGUGUGGUUAGUGACAGAAAGAAAUCCUAUAUAAAAGCUCCCAUUUAUGAAAUUCAACACCAGGUUUUUAGAUGAAUUAUCUCAAACAAAAAAGCAAACCUUCCCUGCAGUCUGCAAAAAAACUAAUUAAAAAAAGAACCUCACUAAACCUACCACCCCUUUUUACUAACAGACCUUUAUGUGCCUUAGCUCAGAGACCUGAAUCACCAGAUAGAAGAUGUGAGUUUCUUAGUUUCUAAGGUACACAUACAGAAAGGAUUUUUUUUUUUUUGGCCGCUCGCACUGUUUGCAGGAUCUUAGUUCCCCAACCAGGGAUUGAACCCCAGCCCUCGGCAGUGAAAGCGCAGAGUCCUAACCACUGGACCUCCAGGGGAUUCCCAAAAAUGAUUUUUAUUAAGCACAGAUUAUCCCUCUGCUCCCAAACUGCCACAAAGACUGUGUUUCCUAUAUCUCUGUAAGUAUAGGGAUACUUAUCCCUGUAAGUAACUUUAUCAGCUAUACUGAAUAAACUUGGAGGACAGAACACACUCCCACUUGGAGUAUUAAUGAUUUUAUUGCUGCCACUUCUCUAUCACAGAAUUUAGAAUAAGUGAGCAAUCCUAAAAUCCUUGUUUCAACCACUACAUGUUUCAGGAGAACAAAAAAGGCAGGUGAUUUUGCUUUAGGCACUGAAAAUCUUUGCAGUUGGGUCCAUGAGAUGCCUGGCUGAAAACAACAUCUCCCCAAACAGGCCAACAAUUAAAUUAUUCCCUGAACUCCUUUGGGGGGAAACAAAGCUUGUAUUUAUCUUGACAGGAGGUGGUGAAGUCAAGUAUAGAUUUAGCAUUUACAACUACUAGUGAGGAAAGCUCUGGGCAUCCAAGAUUUAGUAUAUAAAAGAAAGUGUCAAUUAAAAUGAAUAUCUGCUCCUUGCCAAAAACACACAUUCACACUUAGGCUACUACUAGCAAUAUUGAUACUAGAGAGCCAUAUGAGCUUGAAAUACACUGAAGAAUACAUUUGCAGCUGUUAAAAUUGGAUUCAUUUAAUAGUCUUUCCGAUUCCUUGAAGAGAAACCAACUUGGGAAAAUUACCAGAAAAAUAAGGAAAACUACUCUGCCUACCGCCGAUUAAAAAACAAGCCGAAGAAAAAAAUCUGGGUAAGACUUCUUGCAACCAAGCACUGUUCACGGACUAUACUAAAGGGCACGCUCCAACGAUCACUAACCUCUUUGCUUUAACUCAACAUAUAGGGGCUCUGAGUCUUUUUUUUUUUGGUAUCAUAGAUCCCUCUGGCAGUCUGAUGAAACCUAUGGACCUCUUCUCAGAGUAUUUAAAAAUGCAUAAAAUAAAAUUCAGAGAAUUACAAAGGAAACCAACAUACUGAACCCAGUUUUAUCUUUGGAGUUCUGAAGCCCCAGGUUAAGAAUCUUUGCUAUAGCUAUGAUCUUAUCUAUUCAGGGCCCAGAUGUAACUUUUCCCAUUUAUUCUACCUUCAGGUAGGGUAGCCCCACCUACCCCCAAAUCAUGCCAGAUUAUUUGCUUCUUCUAUUAACUUUUCCUUGAUCUUUGACUCUAGGCAGGAAUUGGUUAUGGGCCAAACUGUAAAAGUCCAACCCAGGCUCCUCGGUUAUUAAUGUUCAUAUAGAACCUGCCCUACAGUACUAGCAUGAAAACAAAGCCAGUGGGACAGGUCUUCUGGUAGAACAAUCUCUAGCAGAAUAAAACAUGGCUGUAUUUUAGUUUUCUUUUGCUCUGGUAGACAUCCCAACUUUUAACUGGUUUAUAAACAAAUUCACACAAGCCACCUUAUAUGCACUUUGCAAAAAGGUUACCUUGGAGGCUUGAUGGGGAAGCAGCAGUACUUAAAAGCAACACUUCUACAGCUGCUAUACUGAAGUUAGGAUCUGGUUAUUCAUCUUAUAAUAUUUUCAAGCUAAAACUCUUCUGGUGAGUCUACACAGAAUAAAAACAGGGGGCCUUGGUCAUCCAUUCUCUUGUUCCUUAGAACAAAGUCAAAAUAAUUUCCCGAAGCUCUUAGCCAACACCGGGAUGUUCUCUGAGUAAAGGUAAGAGGACUUCAAAUGUUCUGGAUAAGCUUCCAAAAAAGGCAUUAAUCCUUAACUGCAGCUUCACUGUUUGUCAGGCCCAGAGAUGGUUCCCAAACCUCAUACUAUUAGAGACAACUCCACUGGUACUUCUCCUACCCAACUGGCUUAUUUUUAUCUCAUGGACAUUUUGAUUGUGUGCAUGAAAAGUUCUCUUUGCAUAAAACAGCUGUUAGAAAGCUUAAAACCAAAAUCAUGCCAUAUACUCACUCUGCUGUCUAUAUCUGUCUUCUUUUGCUUCAUUUUAAAUUUAUACUGUUGAAUUUUAUAUCAUCAGAAAUUGUUUUUUUGUAACAAGAUAGGUCAGAAACUAAUACUCAACCCUAUUUUCACGUACUGCAAUCUUAAUUCUUAAAACGAUAAAGCUAGAAGAAACUUAAAAUAUUCCAGGUCCACUAGCAAUUUAUAGAUAAGAAACUGAGGCCAAGGGAGGUGGAGAGUCUUCAUCAAGAUCACACUGCUAGGAAGUAGCAGAACUAGAACUCCAAAACAGGUCUUCUGAAUCCAAAGCCAGUGGUCUUUCUAUAUGCACCAUGAUACAAACAGCCCACCAUACACUAUAACGAAAAAGUCAAUUUUCUCAUUCUCCUAAGCUCCUUCUAUUCCCAAACAAAUCCUUGGUUAUUUUAAAAUUAUGCGGUGUCUAAAUCAUAGAUAUUUAACAAAAUCAUCUCCACACUAAAUACAAAUUGGUCUCAAAAUGGAAUGUGAAAUUAGCAUAAAACAGUAAAAGUAUAAAUAGCUUUGUUUGUUGAAGGUAUAAUUUUCUGUUCUUAUACUUAGACGGCAGAGACUGUAACACACUUCCCUUGCAUUGCAUGAUUAGACAUUGAUGAAAGUAAGCCAAGUGUAAAUUAAGUUCCAUUUCAUAUAAAUCUGAUGACAGUUGCUUUUUUUUCUUAUAAAAAUAUGAUUGACUCAAAAGGACAAAUACAGUAUGAUUCCACUUAUAUGAAGUACCUAAAGUAGUCAAAUUUAUAAAGACAGAAAUUAUAAUGGAAAUGGGGAAUUAUUAUUUAAUAGGUAUGGUUUCAGUUUGGGAAGAUGAGAAAAGUUUUGGAGAUGAAUGGUAGUAAUGUUGUAUAAUGAUGUGAAUGUACUUAGUACUACUGAACUAUACUCUUAAAAAUAAUUAAAAUGGCAAAUUUUAUGUUAUGUACAUUUUAACACAAUAAAAAAAUGGAAAAAAUAUAAUUGGAAAUGUGCUUUUAUGUUUCUGUCAAUUAAAGGAGGAAUAAAAGCAGCAUAAAAAUUCAGUCUAAAAAUUCAGUAUAACUAUAAAAAACACAUUUACUUGUAACAGUUCUUACUCUGAUUAAAAAAAAAAUCACAUACCCCCAAUAGUUCAAAUCUGGGUGGCCCCAUCCCCAAGGUGAAAAAUAACAGCAUUCAAAAACCACUCUAUACUUGGAGAUGUGCCGUAGACCAAAGUGUGCCGGCCAUGCUGGGUGGAGAAGGUGGUGAAGGGUGAAGAGCUCUUACCUCCCACUUCCCUCUCUACCCGGCACAGCCCCCGGAGCACAGAUUCCAGCAGGACUUCAGUGUUGGGCCAGGGACUGCAAGUGUGCCAGAGCCUCUGGUGAUCCUGCUAGGUAAACGCGUGAAGACAUCUCUGUGAGGUCAAACAGAUACACUGCAGACUGCAGGAACUUUUCUUUCCUUUGGUCAUGGAAAAGUAAGCACCAGUUUGAAUAGAAAAUAAAGAACUGGAUUUAAAUGCAAAACAAAGACCUUUUCACCCUGCUUCGCAAAAUAUAGGGUAAUUUGUAGUUGAACUUCAUUUCAGGUUUUCGAAAUGAAUAUGGGAAAAGUGAUGCUGAGAAAAGACAACCAGCUACAAUGAACACAUUUGUUGGUAUUGUCUUAGGUUACCUUUUUUUGCAGUGGAGUACAAUCUUGAGUAUCAUAAAGAAUAUUUACAAAACACUUUUAAAUGUGUUAUUUCUAUUUGAUCAGAACCAUAGAAUAUCACAGCUAGAAGAAAUAAUUUAGUCUGUCUUUAGAUGAGGGAUAUAAGACUGAAAGAUUUCAUAGCUAGCUGGAAGCAGGGAAAAGACCAGAACCCAGCACAUCAAGCAACUCUCCAACUUCAAAAGAGUCUGAGGACCUUAAUCUUACAUAAGCAAGAAAAAACAGGUAAUUUUUUAUGAUUUGUUAUGUCUACUGGGAUUUUCUCUUACAUAUAAACAAGCCUCUCAGUAAAAAUGUUUGGAUAACCCAAAGGAAUAUGGCCGGAGGUGGGGGUGGAGGGUAAGAAGACAGGAUAAACCAGGUUGUACAGAACUUAAUAUGCCAGCUGUCAAAGAUCUCACAGCUUAGUGAACGCUAACACACUGAGAUGGUGUAUCCCAGAAGUAUGUUUACUAAUAUUUGAUUAUUUCUACUACCAUGUUGAUUCCCACCAGAUUUCAGGAAGGGAGAACAUAUACGACUGGGCAUACAAAGAUUUUAUAUUAUAUUUGACUCCUCAAUCAUUCCCCUUACCUACCCCCUUCCCAAACUCUCUCAAGAAGACUUUCAUGCUAUAGCUAGCUUUGUUCUUUUAUCUACCAACUGUAAAUGAAUAUUCAUGUUAUUACACACAGUUACCUUUGUCAGAGGAUUCUAUCUUUACUUUGGUAUAUCUUUCAAUUUUCACUGAAUAAAUAAAUGGAGUGAAAUAAACAAAAGAAAAGUUUGGAAACCACAAGUUUCUUGUUUUGCCUUAAUUUUAUAUAAAAACAAAAUACUCUAUCUAAAAUGUAGGAACGUUCUUUGACCAAACAGUCCUCAUACUAAUUUUCUGGGUGAAAGCACUUUAAGUCAUGUAGGUGCUUUAUACUUAAUGGCAAAUAAAAAAUAACUUAGUCAUUCACUAGUGAUUUUGAGGUUGUCUACUAUUUGGGUUGAUCUUUAAUAUAAGGUCUAUUCAGUUGUCCCCAAAUAUUGGCCCAGGUUGGCUGCAUCAGAACCACCUGAGGAAUUUAUUUUAAAAAUACAUAUUCCCAGGACCUGGCUCAGACAUUUUAAUUGAGUAGAGUUUAGCCAGAGAAUCUGUAUGUUAAUCUUGCACCUCAGGUAUCUACUGCUGCAUAAUAUUCCAUAUUAUCUCUUAUUCCUGAGAGACUUGAGUAAAGCCAGGUGUAGGCCUGACAUAAUAUCAGAAAAUAACCAUCCUGUCCUGAUUUGUUCUGAAAUAUGCUUUCCUCAGCAGAAGUAACUCAUAAAAGGUUAUGAGAAAACUGGGGGGUGGGAAUGGGGAUUUAAUUAAAACCUAAACCAAGGUAAAAAGGAACAAGGAUCUUGACCAUCCUGGAAGUUAGUUCUCCAGUACGCCUCACUUAAAUCUUUUACUUUCUGAUAGUUCAUAGUAAGAGCAACUUUCAGUUCCAGGCCGCUAAGCAGCCUGGUUUUCUCUUGUGUUUGGUGGCCAUAAAGUUAUACGGAGAGCUGUGGCUGGUCCAGGUCAGAUCUCUGAUUUGUACUUUGAAGUCUAAACUGGAACACAAAAAUUACCUGGCAGUACUUGGAAACUGAGAUAAUUUUGUUCUUAAAGUCAGUGUCACAUAUGAAAGAUUUCACAGGUAAUAUCAGUGAGUAGAGGGCUGUUGUUUUUUGAACAUCUAGAAGGGAAAAAAAUCAAAGACACAUUUUUAAUUGGAUGAGAAACUAACUUUCCCUUAUAUGUAACUGCCAAUACAGCAAGGAGCUCUGCAACAGGAAACUCCAGAACUAUGCUAAGCAAAUGGAUAAAUAUAAAAAGUAACUAAUCAGGUCAGGCAAGCAAUGUCCAAAGAAAGUCACAGCUACAAAUCAGAGAACAGUGGCCAGGAUAUAAGAAUAACAGGUGGGCAAAUAAAUUAGAAGAACCAGCAGUUAUUCCUAAAUACUCCAUAAUGUGCAUAUAAUAAAACACAAAUAUAAUACAUAAGAGAAUAAAAAAUAAACAAGGGAAGAAAACAGCUUUUUAAAAUUUGGUCCAUCUAUUCUUAGAAUGCAGCACCUUGUGAAAAAUAACAACCCAUCAGUAUGAUACACUGAACUAGAGGUUUAGAAUUCAAACUGUCCAAGGUGAAAAUGACAUUUCAAGAUCCACUUAUGAAUAACUGUAAAAAUUCUUGGAAUUUUCAUGCCAGGAGGUGAAAUUUGUUGCAAGGCUGAAAUUAUAAGGUUAGGGAAGACUGGCCAUUAAGGAGCAGAAUACUUCCUCUUUACAUAGAGCCUAAUGGAUGGCAAUUCUACAGCCCAGAGUUUUAAUCAGGUGGAGAAGAUGUGACUGUCAACAAAAUAAAGGUACUGUUACAAUCCUUCCUGCUAGUGUCUGUUUACUGUCCUUUAUUCGUUAAAAUUUAAUUUUCUUAGAUGUGCUGAUUUCUUACAUGGUCCAA